AUGUCGGUUGCCAACGGAGGACCUCUUGCGACCACAUCGGGCGGCAUGAAGCCUGUCCAAAUCGCCCAGGUCAAGGGAAAUUCUCGCGAAAACCGCACCGCUGCACACUCUCACAUCAAAGGCCUGGGUUUGCGCUCAGAUGGCCGCGCAGACACGAAUGCUCAGGGUUUCAUCGGCCAGGUCGCUGCCAGAGAGGUUGGUCUGCUCCGAUCCUUACGCGACCUCAAUACUAACAUGUCACCACAGGCUGCAGGUGUCGUCGUCGACUUGAUCAGAGCAAAGAAGAUGGCUGGUCGUGCUGUCCUCCUCGCCGGAGGUCCUGGAACUGGAAAGACUGCCCUCGCCUUGGCCGUGUCGCAAGAGCUAGGAACAAAGGUGCCUUUCUGCCCCAUCGUCGCCUCUGAGGUCUACAGCACAGAGGUCAAGAAGACCGAAGCCCUGAUGGAGAACUUCCGCCGUGCCAUUGGUCUGCGUGUACACGAAACAAAGGAGGUCUACGAGGGCGAGGUUACCGAGUUAACCCCUGAAGAGGCCGAGAACNCCCUCGGCGGCUACGGUCGCACCAUUUCACACCUUCUCAUCACCAUGCGCUCUGCUCGUGGUACGAAGAAGCUACGUCUGGAUCCCAGCAUUUACGAGGCCAUUCAAAAGGAGCGCGUCCGCGUCGGAGAUGUCAUCUACAUCGAGGCCAACACCGGCGCCGUCAAGCGUGUCGGUCGCAGUGAUGCAUUCGCUACUGAAUUCGAUCUGGAAGCUGAGGAGUAUGUCCCUGUCCCUAAGGGAGAGGUCCACAAGAAGAAGCAAGUCGUCCAGGAUGUCACCCUUCACGACCUGGAUAUCGCCAACGCACGUCCUCAAGGUGGUCAAGAUGUCAUGAGCAUGAUGGGUCAAUUGAUGAAGCCUCGCAAGACCGAGAUCACCGACAAGCUCCGCGCAGAGAUCAACAAGGUCGUCAACAAGUACAUCGAUCAAGGUGUUGCAGAACUCGUGCCUGGUGUCUUGUUCAUCGAUGAAGUACACAUGCUCGACCUGGAAUGUUUCACCUACCUCAACCGCGCUCUCGAAUCCUCAAUCUCUCCCAUCGUCAUCCUUGCAUCCAACCGUGGCUCCACUACCAUUCGCGGAACCGACAACCUCGUUUCUGCCCACGGUAUUCCUCCGGAUCUUCUUAACCGCCUCCUCAUCAUUCCCACCCACCCUUACUCGGCCAACGAGAUCCGCAGCAUUGUCGCAACCCGCGCACGUCUCGAAUACAGCAGCGCCGCACCGCCAUCUCUGCAAGCCGACAAACCCGGUGCCGCUCAAGGACUUGUGCAAACCACUCAGCUCGCAGACGAGUCGCUGGAUUUGUUGACCAAGCAUGGAGAGCGCGUGAGUCUGCGUUAUGCUAUCCAACUCCUUGCACCAUCUGCUAUUCUAUCGCGAUGCAGAGGCUCCGACAACAACAUUGUCACAGCACAGGAUGUCAACGAGGCUGUGGAUCUGUUCUGGGAUGCUGGUCGUAGUGCCAGUGUGUUGAGAGAGCAGGGUACCAGUACUGGUUUCAUCUCGUAA